AAUUAAAUUAUCCAAUCCUAUACGAUACAUUCUGACCCUAUAAAGUAAAAAAUAACUGGGAUCUUCAUGCUGCUUUCCAAUAUUUGUGCCGCAAGUGGAAGACUGGAUUGGAAGAUUCUGCAAGAAAAAGCUGGGUUGAUGAGAAAGAAAUUUUUGACAUUUGAGGCAAGAUCAAGUUUAUAGUUUGCCUUAGUCAGUAAUAUAUAGUUGCAAACUUGGAGGCUAGAAAGAUAUUCUCUUGUCUGCCCAGAUGGAUGAGAAACAAAUGGUUCUGCGUGCCUCCGCUACAAUUAUUAUCUUUUUCAAUUAAAGACGAAGAUGAUGUGAAUAAAUAGAAAAACUUAUUAAAACUUUGUGAUUGAUUCACAUGCAUAGUUUGACAUCCACAGAGAGAAAUCACCGCUACUUUAUUUUUGCUUUUCCUCCAAAACCUCACAAGAAAACCGCCAUAACGUAACCCACCCGCCACUUUGGUGGCACUUAUUAAUACCUUGUUGAUUAUCCAUGGCCAUGCACACCAACUAUGCAUCUUCUUCCAAUUCACUCAGCUACUCAAAUCAUGGCGACAAAGGACUCAUCAUCGGAAUUAGAAUCACCAAGAAGGCUUCAAUACCCACUCGACUCCACCUCAUACAAGCUCCUCGACGAGAUCGGUUCCGGCGUCAGCGCCGUCGUCUACAAGGCUAUCUGCAUCCCCAUCAACUCCUCCCUCGUCGCCAUCAAAUCCAUCGACCUCGACGGCUCCCGUCCCGACUUCGACGACGUCCGCCGCGAAGUCAAGACUCUCUCCCUCCUCUCCCACCCCAACAUCCUCAACGCACACUGCUGCUUCACCGUCGACCACCGUCUCUGGGUGGUCAUGCCCUUCAUGGCCGGCGGAUCCUUCCAAUCCAUCAUCUCUCAUUCCUUCCCGGACGGAUUCUCAGAGCCAUGCAUCGCAUUCAUCCUCAGAGAGACUCUCAACGCUUUGUCCUAUCUCCAUAGCCAGGGACAUCUCCACAGAGACAUCAAAGCCGGUAACAUUCUCGUCGAUUCCAACGGAUCCGUCAAGCUCGCCGAUUUCGGCGUCUCCGCUUCCAUCUACGAGUCAAUCAUGAGCUCCUCUUCUUCCUCUUCUUCUUCUUCAAGUGUUCCUGGUUGUUGUUCGUGUUCUUCUCUCAUGCUCAAAGAUGUCGCCGGAACACCGUAUUGGAUGGCGCCGGAAGUGAUCCACUCCCACGUCGGUUACAGUUUCAAGGCUGAUAUAUGGUCGUUUGGGAUCACGGCGUUGGAGUUGGCCCAUGGAAGGCCUCCACUCUCUCACCUUCCUCCUUCUAAGUCCAUGAUUCUCAAGAUCACCAAACGCUUUCGGUUCUCCGAUCUGGACAAGUUUGGCGGCGGUUCCAGCUCCCAUGGUAAGAAAUUCUCCAAGAACUUCAAGGACAUGGUGGCUUCUUGCCUGGAUCAGGAUCCGGCUAAGAGGCCUACGGCGGAGAAGCUUCUGAAGCAUCCGUUCUUUAGAAACUGUAAGGGAUCCGAGUUUUUGGUGAAGAACGUGCUGCAUGGGUUGCCAAGUGUUGAGAAGAGGUACAAGGAAAUCAGCAAGGCUUCUUCUAUGAACAAUAAUAAUGAUGAUGAUGAUGAUGAUGAUGAUCAAGUGAAGCAUGGGAAGUUGAUGAAGCAAAGAAGGAUAAGUGGGUGGAAUUUCAAUGAAGAUGGAUUGGAACUUGAACCUGUGUUCCCAAAUGAUGAAGAUGAUGAGGCCAAGGCAACAAGAGAAGUUAAAGGUGAAGAAGGUGAGAAUGAGAAUAAUAAUGAAAGGUUAAAGGGUAUUGAAGGAGUAGCCAUGAAUGUGAACAACCGUGAUGCCAUGUUAGCGACACUCAAUGUUCUCAAAGGGAGCUUGGAACAAGAGCUUGGACAAGUCAAGGCCUUGAUCAACAUCUUACGUGCAGAUCGUAAUCAUCAUCAAGAUCUUGAUCAUGAUCAGCAGCAGUUGGAGUCACAACUAGACACCUUCAAGCUUCACCUUUCUUGAAAUUUUAUUGAUUCAACCUAAAGUUUCUUAUAUAUAUUUCAUAUUUCAUUUGUGUUGCCAUUCUUGUGUUGGAGAGAAGCUCAAGAGCUAACAAAAUUUAUUGUUUUUGCCAGCACUUUUAGUCAUGAAUCCAAUUUCUUUAGUCUAAUAAUCCAACAAUAUACUUUUAUUUUAUAUUUGUAUUGGUAAAAAAAUAGGUAAUAAUGAUAGUGCUAUAUUGCUGCAAAAAUUUAUCAAAAGACAUAAUAAACAAGAAGUUGGUGUAAUGUUUGAACUUUGAAAUUAAUAAUCAAAGGCAAUACCUAGCUAGUGAUGAUUACAAAAUUGAUCUUAUGCCAUCUUCUCUACAAUCUAUGUUAAGUUGUAAAACUUUGCUAGCCUAAUAUUCUGUGAU